UGCUUAACGUCGCUGUAAAGAUCAACUAAGACCACCUGGUGUUUGCCCCUGACUUUGUAAGUUAUCAAACCAUGAAGGAUCAGACACAGGGUGAGUGCUAACCUUGAUCAAUUAUUGAACACGAUCAUAUCAAUUUACAGUUCACCUGUUUUUAGCUGUUACCAUGACGCAGGUGCAUCUAUUAUUGAGCAUGUGUGAGCACAGAAGUUCGGGCUAUUUUCAGUUCCUUUGAAACCCCUGUGUCUGAAACAACUGCUGGAUAAAUGAGCGGACCGACCGAUGACCUGGCCUGAAAGGACCUCUCUGUUUUGUCUGAGUGGGAAGCGAUGCAUGUGACUCUUUCCUCGGGUUUCAAUGGACGGGCCAAAGCUGCAAGAAAAAGCAGGGAAAACGGUUCGAUUCAGAGUCGCGUCUGCCAACAGCGGCCGAGUCCUGGCCGAGGUGUUCAAGGAUGAGAGGACCUGGUGCGGCUCGGUGUCUGACUCUGCAGACUCGGACGGCGCCGGCAGCACGGAGGCAGAGCAGGGAAGCCUGCCGCCACCCAGUGAGGCCAACAGGCACCUGAACGGCCUGGAGGCCGCCGUGGACGAGGGCGGCUCCGAAUCCGACGACCUGCUUCUCUACGCCACUGCCAAACGGGAGAUGCUUUUCAGCAACAAGAGGGUCAACAUCUGCAGUAAGAACGGCACCAUCCGAGGGGUGAGGAACAAAGUGAGCGCAGGCCAAAUGCUUUUCAACAAUCUCUCUAAUAUGUACUCUGGUCGUCAUCAGAGAAGGAGGCCCUGGGAAAAGGAGUGAACGUCCUCCUGGGACACUUAGAGACUUCUUCUGUCACCUCUGAUACAAUGAA